UAUAGUGCUAGAAGAGCAGCCGCGACGGUGGGUGGAUUAAUGUGUGGAUGUAAAUGCGUUAAGUCAUUUUCCCUCGAGGUCGGUCUGGAUUUCUUUACCUUAAUUGACAGUAAAAUACAAAUAGACCUGAUACGCAGAGGUUAAAUACCCUGACGGCGUUCAUAUCAGGCUCUCCGCGUGCACACAGAUGUGUGAGCAGUGCUGCGUUGGGAGAAUGCGGUAAAACCGGCUUCUCAUUCGCGAGCUACGACGGAAACUUGAAUUCAUCUCAGUUUAUGCGCAAGCCGGUGUGACAGAGUAUGUAACUCAUACGGAGAUUAAUUUCACAGCGACAUCCACCCAUCCAUUUAGCCCUCCAUCCUUCCCUCCAUCCCAGAGGGAAGUUCCUUUGCAGAAAAAAAAACGGCCGUUCAGCUCUCCUCCGUUUAGCCAUCACUGUUCCCAUGAUGAUGUGAGGUAGCGGUCCGGUCCCUCUGGCAACAAGGACAAAUCUCGCUCUCGUGUGGGUUCUGACUGUGUUAUGCUCGGCUGGGAAAUUAACAGUGGACCAGUAGAGCAAACCGGCUGCUGUUCUUUCACAUGGGCGAAGACGAGGAGGGGGUCUGCGCCCAGAUUCGCCACGGAGGAAACGAAGAAAACGGAGAUAGCGGAACAUCUCUGGACCCGGACAGAGAGAGGAAAUAUGCGGAGCUGUUCAAGCAGCUGGACUUGAAUAACGAUGGCAAGGUUGACAUCAAUGAACUACGGACCGGACUGGCAGCCCGAGGUUUACACCGGGGAGAGGCGGAGGAGAUAGUCCUUGAGAGCGACAUCAACCAUGAUGGCCUGCUGGACUUCCAGGAGUUCUCCCAGUACCUGUGGGCUCAUGAGAAGAGGCUGUGGAACAUAUUCCACAGUCUUGACCGCAACAAUGAUGGUCGAAUUGAUGUUGGGGAGAUCCAGCACUCACUGCACAAGCUUGGUGUGGAGGUUACCACAGAGCAAGCCUCCAGGAUACUGCAGAGCAUGGACAGGGAUGGCACUAUGACCAUUAACUGGAAUGAAUGGCGUGAUCAUUUCUUGUUCAACCCUUUUCACAACAUGGAGGAGAUCGUCCACCACUGGAAACACUCCCAUAUGUUUGACAUUGGGGAACAUCUGACGGUGCCAGAUGAGUUCUCAGAGCGUGAGCGGCGGUCAGGCCUGGUAUGGAGACAGCUGGUUGCUGGAGCGAUGGCAGGGGCCGUGUCCCGGACAGGAACUGCUCCUCUGGACCGACUGAAAGUCUUCCUGCAGGUACAUGGCUCUACAUCUCGGGGGAUUAAUCUUUGGUCCGGGCUGAGGGGGAUGGUCCAGGAGGGAGGUGUCUUCUCACUCUGGAGGGGAAAUGGCAUUAAUGUCCUCAAGAUUGCCCCUGAAUCUGCCAUUAAGUUUAUGGCCUAUGAACAGAUCAAGUGGCUGAUCCGAGGAAGUAGAGAGGGGGGCGGUUUAAGAGUACAAGAGAGGUUCAUUGCUGGCUCUCUGGCAGGAGCUACCGCCCAGACCAUCAUCUACCCCAUGGAGGUGCUGAAGACUCGUCUGACAAUAAGAAAGACGGGGCAAUACUCAGGUAUGGCUGAUUGUGCCAGACAGAUCCUGAAGACAGAGGGAGUCCGAGCUUUCUACAGGGGCUACCUGCCAAACACAUUGGGCAUCAUCCCUUAUGCUGGCAUUGACUUGGCUGUGUAUGAGACUUUGAAGAAUGCCUGGCUCCAGAGGUACUGUGUAGAUUCAGCGGAUCCAGGAGUGUUGGUCUUGCUGGGCUGUGGUACUGUCUCUAGUACCUGUGGCCAGCUGGCGUCCUAUCCCCUCGCUCUCAUUCGGACACGUAUGCAGGCACAAGCCAUCACUGAGGGUGUACCCAAGCUGUCCAUGUUGGGCCAGUUUAAAUACAUCAUAUCCCAUGAAGGUGUGCCGGGCCUGUAUCGCGGCAUCACCCCUAACUUCCUCAAAGUCAUCCCAGCGGUCAGCAUCUCCUACGUGGUGUACGAGCACAUGAAGAAAGUUCUCGGGGUGGGUUACUAGAGUGAGACAAAGGAGAGGGAUUCAUGACAAAAAAGGACAGAGAGGCAAAAACUUCAUUGUGCUUGUGAGAAGAACAGGAGCAGUGAUGAUACAUCUCCUCAGACACUGACGGAAAAGAAAGGAAGUCUGGGACGAGGAGAGAAGUGAAAAGAGCCAUUUAAGGUGGUACUGGUGUAUGCUGCACUUCCUGUUGACUCAGUCAAAUUCAAGCUUGAGUAGCUUGCAGGUAGUUUGCAGGCAGAAUAUAUACAUUUGUGAAUUUGGGAGGAUUGGUUAAUAAGGUAAAUGUCUGUCUUCUCUGAAACCAUUAUGCCACAUACAUAUGGGAGAUGCACAAUAUAUUUGGAUUUUAACCAAUGCCUCGACUUGGUCCAAAGCACACAGUUGGACAGCAAAAAUAUUCUGAAGUGGAAACAGACAACUUUUAAUAUUAUAUACCAAUAUACCAACACACCCCUGCUUCCACUGUUUCGAAGUGGUAUUUUUUUGUUGGUAUUGCUGUUGCAAAGACAAUGGGAUCUCUUUGUUUUCCUCAGAGCCUAGCAACUAUCACGUUACUUCUGCUGUCCACCAUUUCUGCUUAUGUGGAUACAAAAUCACUAUCCUUCUCCUGUUUUGGUUGCAUAAUGGUUGACACACUUCCUUUGUGCCAUAAAUGGAGCAUUCACUUUCCCAGGAGAUCGUACAGAAUUGCAUAGUGAAUGUGGGGCUUAUAGGUAACCAACUGAAACACUGAUAGUGUCAUUGCUAUAGUCAUUACACUGUGCAAUCAACAUUUAUUUAUAAUGGUGAGUUAAGACAAAAAAACUUUUCCACUUUUUUUUUCCACAUUAAAGGUUUUGACACACCAAGCUGACAGUUGGCCGUAGGUCAGAGUUGGGCCGCUGGUGAGCAUCUGCCACUCUUGUCGGUACGGUGUGUCCAGCACCAUCUGCCCUUGUCGGUGCUAGUUGGCCGUUUUUUCCACAGACUCAUAAUGUUCAAUUGGCAUUGGUACAACAGAGCCCGUCAGUGAAUGAAAUCCCUCUGAUUGGCAGCUUAGUGCACGAGAAGACAAAUGUAAACAAAGAGCUAAAGUCAAGAAGGAGUGGGGUUGGAACAAACUUGUUACAUAAGCUAAGAUUAUUUUUCUUCAGCCACUGAACUCUUAACCAGAAAUGCAAACUGAUGGUUUGUGCUACUGUUCUCUGGCACACACUUUGUUCUUUUUAAACAUUGGAUUGUGUUGUUAAUAGCUAACUUGCAAACUAGCAUCAAGACAGUCUUCCGGUUUCCCUUUUUGAAUAAGGAUUACAGACUGCCGUCUGCUGGCAUGAAGGCGUAUGUCCUCACACAGACGCAGAGCACACAUGCCUGUUGGCCAUUGGUUUGGUUUGUUCAUUUGCAACUUUUUGUAUGAGGCGCCUGGACAAGAGGCAAUGCAGCAGGGGGCUCUCAUCACCAUGAGUUCUCCAUUGUUGGUUUGGUGUGUCUGGGCCUUAAUGCAAGUAUGCAAGUUGUUUGUUUAGGCUUAGGCAUCUAACAUUCUAAGUUGCUACCUGUGACAGGUCAUAUUACUUCUGAAAUACCAGGGUAAACAGUAGACCGUACAAAGUAAUCUACCUGCAAAUGUGUGCUUGCGUUAACCUGAUUGUAACUGCUGCAUGACGUUACAUUGUGUUGCAGCAAAAGUCAGGUCUAACAGUUUUGUUGGAUGCUUGUGCUUGUUUUUUCUGGAGCUCUCUCUGCAUUAGUUUAGUAAGCAUGAGUUUAAUAGUAAAAAACAAGAUAUAAGCAAACCCACAAACUGUCAUCACCUUGUGAUUUAAGAUGUUGCUAAAGCCUAAUAGCUUAUUUGCAUAUGAUGUCAUACAUCAGUGCGCUGUCCAGAUGGAGGGCAGGAAACUGGAGCAGACCACCAACACUGCACAAAUGCUUAUAAUUUAGUAUUUUAUUUAGUAUUAUUUCUGGGAACAGUUGACCAAUUCGAAAGAAAGUAGUAGCUAAAGUUAGCUAACAUUAGCUAGUAACAUUAGCCUGACAGUGAUGCGUCCAUGUACCGAGCUGAAAUAUAAAAGACAAUUAUACUUCAGCACAUCUUCUCAUCUGGCCAAAAACUAGACGGCAGUUGUUUCAGUCAUGGACCCAACUGCACACAAAUCAGAAUCCACUAGACUCCUGUAUACAUUUAUUGGUUCCUCCAUAUCUAAUUCAAGCAGUAUAUGGAUUCAUUACUUCCUGCCCUCCAUCUGGAUGUUGCAUCUCAUAAUAGUCAUGUGAUUGCAAACAAGCUAUUGGCGCUCAGAAGUGCUUGACAUAACCUAUUUCUUUAGGCCAGUGAGAAGAGCCCAGCCAAAAACAGGCAGAAAAGCUGUCAUUUGGAGUUACAAAAACAGUUUGAACUCUCUGAGAAAAUGUUGUGUUCUCGUAGGAAUCCAUCAUUCGAGGAAGAGAAAGUUAGAAAAAUACCAAUGUCAUUCUUCACUCUGAGAAGUUAUUGCUCCAAUGGUACUUUCAGACAGUGAGUGGUUACCACAGCUGCCUCUGUUCCCUGUGUGAACUGAGGUUGGUCGAGGCAUCAAGGAGAACUGCCGCUUUCUUAAAAACAGCUACUGGCUGAAUAUCCGACAAUAGUUAAAGUUUUAUCAAAUUGCCUGCAUGGCUUGCCAUGUAACCAUAACCACAGUAACCGUAACCACACCAAGUGAAACAAUGCAGGAGCCCAUGUUAUUGGUUCAAGUUCCCUGAAUUACACACCUCUACUUGCCUGAUAUCAGACAGAACUGUCAACUCAUUAUACUCUUUCCUCUCUAAGGGACCUGACACACCAAGGCGACGGUCAGACAUCGGUCAGUGUUGGGCCUUUGAUGAGCGUAUGUUGCCCUAGUUUUUGUGACAUGUCUUGCAUCAUUGGCACUAGUCUGACAUUGUGGGUGGGUUUUUGGCUAUUUUAGCAUGUUGAAUCAGCCUUGGAGUUGACCAUUGACUGUAAUCUUUGCUGUGGGUUCAGAGGCAACUUUUUGACCAGACAUGGGCGAUAUGAGACUGCACAACUGCCGGCCUUCAUCACCACUAGUUCUUUGAUGUUGUUUGGUGUGUCUGGGCCCUAACCGACUUCUGUGGGAGGGGGAUUUGAUUUUCCCUAACCAGUCAUGAGAGGCCAACAUAUCAGUCUGAAUCAAAUACCAUUUUAAGUCCACAGUGAUGUGUAGACAUGCCAACAUAUCAGUUUUGCUGGGGGUUUGAGAGUGGAGCAGAGCAAAGGGAAAUAAACUAUAAUGUCGGGUGAUACUGACAAAAGAUGUUGAUUUCAGAACAGCUUCAAUAGCAGAGUAUAUAUCUACAGCACUUACCACUGUUGUUACUUCUCAUUGGUUCCAGUACACCUCUUGACAAUAUUAGACAACAGCUUGACAGCAGUGUUAGUUCUGCAGCGCUUAUGGGUUGUUUUUUAUUUUAACCGAGAAGCCACUGUUUCAUGUUACAGUGCCAGCAGAAUCAUGAACUUGGUGGUGUGGGCAGAUUCAAAGGACUGGACUCUGGCAACAUCUCUACACCAGCAGUAAACAUACAAAUGAAUAAAAAUGGUAUUGGAGCAGCACCAGCUUUGAUGUGUGGUUCAGUCUGGGCUAGUAAACAGAGUUUAUCAUAUUAGUUAGCUAAUCGUAUUUCACGUAUUAACUUUUUGCUAGCACUUUAAAGCUAUAACCCACUCUGUUAAGGUACAUCAUGAGACUAGAGGUAGUAAAUGGCGGGAAGAUGGAGGUUGUUGGUGGAAUUUGACCUAGCCAGUAGCUGUGGUUGUGCCCUUUUGCCUCUCUUUCUAACUACGGAAAAACUGACAUGAAAAGGAGACUACGAGGAUGAUGUUUCUCACUCCUUCCAACAAUAUUUUAUCAUUAAAACCAGUUUGUAAAUUGGUAAAAAAGAACUAUGAGAUGGUGGAGAGGGCUCCUGAGUUACCAAAUCACACACAGCAAGAAAAUGUUGAUCAGCAGCUUCAUAAGUCAGCUGAAGACCAAACUCUUAGUCUGUCAGUUUUAUUGCCUCUUUUGGGGAACUUGUGAUGGUGAGAUGAAAUACUUAAUGAACAUGGCCUCUGGUAGGCGUACACUGCGCAAUGCAUUCCCAUUCUUCCUUUACACUCUCAUUGUGGUACACUGUACUGUACUGUCAUCUCAACAGGACUGAAGCAGGGACUGUUCACCCUGUAGACACACAGUAUUACCAAACCAGAAAGAACAUUUCUAUCCACUGAAAAAAGACAUGGAAUCUACUCAGUGAACUUUUUUAUAAAAAAAAAAAAAACUUUAAUGUGCUGAGGACAAUUUUCAGUGGUCUAACUCUUAGCAUGUCAUUCAUUAUGAUCUCAAAUCAUUUGACUUUGAAAUGAUACAGAUAUUUGAGGUUCAGGAGGUACUCCUUGAAUUUAUGAAAUAUUGCCGUCCAGAUACUUCAAAGACUCAGGUUGUAGGGUGGUAACUAAGUGGACUCUAGUUUCAUGGCAGUGUAGUACAAUGGUAUAUGCAAAGACAGCACACCCAACCUCUCCAGGUAAAGAGUAUCUCUAUUACACGUGCCCCAAAUGCAAUGUUUAACCACGACAAGCCCGAAAUCCACAAAGCGAGCCUGAUAAUGAAGAAAAUCUAAAACAAUUGCAUGAGAGUCCAUGGAGCACAAUAAAGUAGUUGUCAGACCCUGGUUGGAGCUGGCCGAUGCUAAACUAUGAUGAGCCAGUCUGCAUUCUGUUCUGUUGUAGAUAUUAAAUAGUAAAUUUCUGAUAUUUUUCUUAUAUGAUAUCAGUAGUACAUAGGGACCAUUAGGUUGCGUGUUCUGUCCGAUAAAAGCUUCAUAUUAAAGUGCUGCUGCUGCCAUAUUGGCUAUGUCCACCUGAUUGCUGCCAUCAAACUAGAGGCCUGUGUGUUUUGUGUUGCAUUAUGAAACAUUUGGAAGCAGAUGAUUUGUCAUCCCAAAUAUUCCAAGUCAUCUGAUUUUCUUACUUGUAACAUUUUAUGAACUCAAAGCAUAUUGAACAUUAUUCCCUGCACUGGAGCUUCUACCUUUAGUCAGAAUCUGAGGUGCAAGUGUCAUAUCAUGGGAUCAACAACAAUUAUAAGAGAAAAAAAGGAAACAAAUGAUAAAGUGUGCCUCAGUGCAUGUUUUUUUAAAUCAUAUUUAGGUUUAAACUGAAUAUGAACUGCACAAAAAGAUUCUCCAGUAGUUUGUUGGUGCAGUUUUGAAGCAGCAGCAUGUGAAGGGAGUGGUGAUACACCCCCAUAGACUUUGAAUGUCAUUAUUUGCAUAGUAGACAAACACAUAUAUCUUCUAUAUUAUUAUGCUUAUGAAUGCCUAAGUCCCUGAAGAGUUAUAUUUUUCCUCCCUUGCAAGCGUACUUGAAACGAUGAAUGCUUGUUGCCACUGGGGCCUUGCAAGCAUGACAUAGAAUAUUUGUAAAGCAUGAGUGCAUGUUUCCAAGCCUUCUGUGAAAAUGAAGCUUAAGUGUGUGAGGACUUUAUUGCC